CCGUCUGGUAACACCAAACACCCCCGCAAAUAAAAACCAGGAGCAGGAGGAGCAAAAGGACAAAGGAUGACCAAGAUUCCGGGCGUCAGCAAUCUGGAGUUUGUCCGCGAGGAGGACUUUGUGGAGUACUACAUCUUCCCCAAGAUCCCCGACAAUCUGCAGGCGGAGGAGGGCAUUCUGCGCAAGUUGAUGCUGCAGAUUCGCAAUGAAAUUAAUGCCAUAGUUAAGGAGAAAUCCUUGGAGCGAAGUUAUCUAUGGCACAAGGACGAGUUCCAGCUGCAAAUCAGGCUGGGAACGGCGGAGGAGCGUCUCCUGAACGAGGAAACCAACCCGGAAGAGCAGGCGGAACUGGGUGACCUCCCUCCACAUUUCCAUGGCGUCACCCAUUAUGGCGACAACAUCAGCGACGAGUGGUUCAUCGUCUAUCUCCUCGCCGAGAUUACACGUGCUCGCGGGGAUUGCAUUGCCCGGGUGAGCGAUUCGGAUGGGGAGUUUCUGCUCAUCGAGGCGGCGGAUUCUCUGCCGGAUUGGGCCUCUCCGGAGAACUGUGAGCAGAGGGUUUACCUGGUCAAUGGCUGCCUGCAGCUGCUCCAAAACUCCAGCCAGCAGGAGAAGCCUCUAACCAUGGCAAUGGCUGUCCAGAGGAUACGUUUGAAUCCCACUUUGUAUCGCUGCUCGCGGGAGAUCCAAUCCUGCAUAGAUUCGCGGCUGAAGGAGUAUCAGAUUGCGCAGCCGCACUUCUCCAUACAUCGUCAGGUGCUGGAACUCCCUGUUAGUGCUGCUCAGCUGCUGAAACAGCAGCCCAGAUUGCUUUCCUCUGCUGUGAGGGCUUUCUGCGAAAGGGAUUCUUUGGAUGUGAAGGCCCUACGCACCAUGCGCUACUUUCCACCGGAGGCCACACGGCUGAGAACGAACGUUAGGUUCACCCGCUGUCUGUACGCCAUGCUCUCCCACCAGCAGUAUUUACCGGAGAAGCGCCUGGGCUGGAAUCUAGCCGAUCCCCUGAAGCAACCAGAGCGCUACAAGGAGCAGUUGUUGGGCGUAAAACUAGCCAGUGGCUUGGAGAUCCUGGCUAGCCAAGCUAAAAGGGUAGAAAACCAACAGCUGGAGGAGAUGCCCCAAUGGCGUGCUUAUGUGAGGAGUUUGCAAAGCAAAGGUUACUUUAAAAACAACCUAGAAGGCAGUGCGGAAUACCAGGAGUUACUAAACAAAGCCAAGGAUUACUUCAAGGGAAACCAAGCCCGCUUUCGCACAGCCUCACAAGCAGGCGCCGAAAUCCUGGAUAUACUGCUCCACCCAGCGGAAUCGGCCUCCGAAGAGCUGCGCGACGAGGAGAACAACCUGCAGCCCAGCGACUCGGAUGAGUGGCUAAACAUCAGCGCCGAGGAUCUGGACUCCAUGCUGCAGGAUCGCUAUGGUCCCAAGAAGCUCUACAAGCCGAAUGGUCAGAUGAAUGCGGAGGAGUUCACCAAACAAUUGGCUGAAUUCCUAGAUAGGCAGUCGAAUUACGAAGGGAUAGAGCACAGGGGUUUGGAGGAACCGGAACUGGAUUCCGACGAUGAUGAGCCGCCGCCACAGGCUAAAAGUUCUACAGGAUUAGGGGGAAAAGUCAAGAAGAAUCCCUCCAUGAGAAAAGCCUGUCAGAGGAACUCCUUGAUUCAAUCAGAGGAGCCCGACAGCACACAUGUGCGUAAUUUCCUGGACUUUGUCAUACCCGAGGACAACUGGGACUCCACCUCCGAGAUGAGCGACUAUGCGGACGAGGAGGAUAUGGAGAGGAAUCUGAAUUCGCUGUCAGGGGGCAGCAGUGUUUUCCCUCUCGACCGGCAGAUCCAAUCGUACAUGGAGCAAAUGGAUAGGGAACUAGCUCAAACCAGCGUGGGCAAGUCCUUUACUAGCAAACAGAAGAAAACAGCGGCUCCCCAAGCGGAUGAAGAUGAUUUCGACGACAUCGAGGACUUUGAACCAAUCAAUAUUAAUGUGAAUACCUUGAGGAACAUGAUGGAUAGCUAUCAGUCGCAGGUGGGCGGCUCAGGACCAGUUUCCAAUCUCUUUAGCGCCAUGGGCGUGGGCAUGUCAGCCAGCGAGGAUCAGGAGCCCAAGGACAUCUCCGAGUCGGCCGUUUAAACGGGUUAAACAGGGAUCGUAGUUGCUAGUCUUAAGUAUUCAACCAUCAAGUAAAUAUAUAAUAUGUAAAUGUGAAUAAUUCGAUUGUAA